CACGCGAUUUCCAUUUUCUCGUUUGCGGCUCAUUUUUAUAAACAAUUGUGUUUGUUCCUUCUGUUGUUCAUAAUUAAAACGUCAAAAUGAAUGCACCACCCACUUUUGAGUCGUUUUUGCUCUACGAAGGCGAAAAAAAAAUCAUCAAGGAAUUGGACACGAAGGUAACAAAUGCAGCAAUAUUUACCAUAAACAAGGAAGAUCACACGCUGGGCAACAUGAUCCGCAAUCAGCUGCUGAAGGAUCCCAAUGUACUGUUCGCCGGCUACAAAGUACCGCAUCCGCUGGAGCACAAGUUCGUCAUCCGGAUACAGACCACGGCGGAUUACUCGCCGCAGGAAGCGUUCAUGAAUGCCAUCACAGAUCUGCUCGCUGAAUUGUCGCUCUUCGAGGAGCGCUUUAAAGAUGCCAUCAAGGAGAAGAAGGAGGGCGGCGACUAAUUGUAAUUACACUUUAUUUAUACAAAAAAUUUACGAAACGGAAAAAUUUUCACUAUUUGUGUUAAUAAAUUACUUUA